UAUGAAGCUCCAUAAAAAAAAGCAUUUACCAUAUCUCUAUAUAAAUCUGAUUACACCAGUUAAAUAUACAGCCAAUAAAACUGGUUAUACAACAUUCAUGUAAAGAUUGUUUUCAUGGCUCCAUUGAAGAAUCCAGACUAAUAUAGAGGAAUUAAUCUUUGUGAUCUUGGUAUUAGCAGCAUCUUAUGGCUUCUAAGCAAUGUCAUGUGAUGAUGUUUCCAUGGCUGGCAUUUGGCCAUAUGAUACCUUCUCUUGAGUUCUCCAAAAGAUUAGCAGCAAAGGGUGUUCGGAUAUCCUUCGUUUCCACCCCGAGAAACAUUCAGAGGCUGCCUUCUGUUCCUUCAGAUUUAGCCAACCAGAUUAAGUUGGUGGAGAUUCACUUGCCUCCAGUUGAUGGCUUGCCGCAAAACUGCGAGGCCACUGUUGACCUGCAACAAAGUGAAAUCCAGUAUUUGAAGAAAGCAUGUGAUCAUUUACAGCAAACUUUUGAGAAACUUCUGCAAGAGGACUUACCAGACUAUGUUCUGUUCGACUUCGUCCAGUGCUGGAUCCCUGAAACUGCUGCUAAAUUUGGUGUUCCUUCUGCCUACCUUAGUGCGUUUUCAGCUUCUUCUUUAGCAUUCAUUGGGCCACCAAAUGAGCUCAAGUCGUCAAGCCAGAGAGCCAAGCCGGAAGACUUCACAGUAGCACCUGAAUGGUUUCCUUUUCCUUCUCUUAUUUCCCACAGGCCUGAUCAAGCAGCAAUGAUUUUUAGAAAUUUGAACUUCCCUGAUGAAUCUGGAUUGUCGAGUGGUCAACGGUUUGCAACGACUUUGGAGGGUUGUGACUUUGUUGCCGUACGAAGCUGCAGAGAGUUUGAAGGAGACUACUUGAAUCUCCUUGAAGAGCUCUACCAAAAACCAGUUUUAUCAAUUGGUAUACUGCCGCCAAUCCUUGCAGCGAAUAAAUUCAGCCAUCCUAACUUCUCUAGUAUUUUUAAAUGGCUGGACAAACAAGAAAAAAAAUCUGUUGUUUUUGUGGGGUUUGGAACUGAAUACAAGAUGCCUAUCAAAGAAGUCCAAGAAUUGGCUCUUGGCAUUGAGCUCUCUCAACUUCCCUACAUAUGGAUUUUGAGGAAGACUGAAGGAGUAGAUAGCUCAGAUAUGUUGCCUAAUGGAUUUUUGGCUCGGACUUCUAACCAUGGCAUGGUCUGUUUUGGCUGGGCACCGCAAUGCGAGAUACUUGCUCAUCCUGCCAUUGGAGGGUGCCUUUUUCAUUCUGGGUGGGGUUCUGUCAUCGAAACACUCAGUUUCGGACACCCUCAGAUACUCAUGCCAAUGGUUGCUGAUCAAGGUCUAGUCGCUAAGCUCUUAGUUGAGAAGGGAAUAGGCUAUGAGGUGAAAAGAAAUGAAAACGGCUCUUUCUGCCUUGAUGCAGUGGCAAUGUCUUUGAGAAGAGUUAUGUUAGAGCAAGAGGGAAGGAGGCUAAGGUCUGAGGCAGCUAAAAUGCCAACAAUUUUUGCUAACCAGGAUCUACAGGAUGACUACACAAGCAAGUUUGUUGAACUUUUGAGCAACUACAAGAUAAAAAAGCACUCAAUAUCAGCAAAAAGUUCAUAAUGGUGUAGCAUUCUUUUAGCACUCCCUGGUAUGGCUUGUAGAGGUCUAAUUUUAGGUUCACGGUUGUGGAUUUAAUAUUGUUCUUUACUUGACGGAAGAAACAUCAGACUAUCAGAGUACGACUUGCUAUAGCAUGUAUACUAGAUGUGCCACACUAACCUUGGCAAAAUAAGGCACUUUUGAUCAGCAUGGACUAUCUGUGUAGCAGUGGCUUGAAAAGCAAAGCAUCAGCCCCCUGAUAAAGCAUUAACCUCAAUGUCCGAUGCUUUUCGGUUCGACAUGUUGAAUGCACG